AUGUUAACCCAAGCAAUCGGAACAUUGUGAGCCAAAGCCAACAGCGUGUAGAGAUGGUUAACCCAAUCCAUCAGAACACUGUGAACCAGAGCAAUCAGAAUACUGUGAAACAGGUUCUCCAGAGUGCUGAGAAUGUCAACCAGAGCCCUCAGAACACUAUCAAGAUUCGCCUGAGUGGAGACAUGAGCAAAAGCUACCAGGAUGACAGAAUGGAGGAUUGGGACUCUGACGACGUUCCUUUGACUCUGGUGCUACUACACUAGAUGACUCCAAUGCUGGUUUUAAAAAAGAUGUGUCCCCUGUUGGUGAUUCCGUCAAGAAGGCUUUUCAAAUUCUCCAGUCUUUGGAUUUUGUGUUGAAGCAACAGGCUAAAGACGGCGAGGAUAUUUUUUUUUAAAAAAAUGAGUUUAUGUACAUAUUUUGCAUGACACUUUGAGCGUUGCAGGCAUAGAUUUAAAUUUGGAUGGAAAUCCUAACUUUAGUCCCCUCUGAUUUUUGAGAGCAAACCAAAUGGAAAUGUCUCUAUAAAGCCAACAUGCAACCGAAGAAGUCGACGACUACAGCCUUAGUCGAUGGUGUACUCCAAAAGGGCUUCAACAAGGGCGAGGACCAGCACGGCGACGACCACCACCAGCACCACCACGACGACGAUCACCAGCAAAGUCGCAGCGUAAGCGCCGAGGGUCAGCACGACGACCACCCACAGCAGAGCCGCAAUGUGAGCGCCGAGGGCCAGCAGCGCUACGACGAAGACCACCAGCAGGGACGCGGCUUGAGCGGAAAGGGCCAACAGCAGCAGCACGACGCCCACCAGCAGAGCCGCAACGUAAGCGCCGAGGUCCAGCAGCGCCUCCACAACCAUCAGAGCCGCAACGCGAGCGCCGAGGGCCAGCGGCGCCACGACGAUCACAUGAGCGAGGGCGGUGACAACGACCGAUCGGCAAGGCUUCUUCAGCAAGGUUCGCGAUGACGAUGAUGACGACGAGCGGCAGCAAAGCUCCAUCAGCAAGGGCCGCGAUGACGAUGAUGAGACGACGACCAUCAGCAGAGCUCCAAUAAUAUGACGACCACCAGCAGAGCUACAACGUGAGCAGCAAGGGCCAGCAGGACGGCAACAGCUGGGACUUGACCGAGGGUGCGAU